AUGACUUCGGCACUAUUGAACGCCCGCGCGCGUACGACAACUCGGCUUCACGCUGAUCCCCAUAAUCCGCACCUCUACCUCGAACGAGCUCGCCUCUAUGAACAGCUAGGCUUCCCUGAUCUCGCUGCCGCUGACGCCUACCGCGCACUCUCGCUAUUGGAGUCUGUCGUGGAUCCGGAUGGAUGCGAGUUCCCUGCGCGAAAGAAAAUUGACACCGCGGAUCUGAGUGAGAAUGUCGAGAAGAAGCUGAACCUAGAGGAAGAUGAGGACGAGGACGAUGACACUGUUCCCGUCACUCAGGAAGAAUAUGAUGCCCUUAUCGGAGAGGUAUAUGCUGUACUGGUGCAGAGUCUUGUCCGUUGUGAGUGCUAUCGCGAUGCAUACGAGUUCGGGAUGCGGAGCAUCGGGUUGUUGCAAGAGCUAUCGCAAGACCAGAGCGGGCCUGCAGUAGUCUUGGACAAGCAGAUGAACCAAAUCAAGCAGAUUUAUUGCUCUCGGACAAGCUCAGACAAAGACUUUGAUCUGGGCUCAAUCGAUUCUGCCGUUUUACCCGCCCAGGGUUUCGCUCGCCGCGUCCUUUAUCCCUGGAAUGAGCAUGAGCCAGAUCGUCGUGCACCGGAGGAAUUGAGGCUUUUGAAUGAGAGACUCCACGGUGUUGCACCCAAGUGUGAGGUGCGUGCCGUGGCUCUCCCUCUGCUACAUGGUGCGACACCUGACGAGGAGGAAGUCUCUGUGCAGCUUGGCCUCUUCGCCAAGGAAGACAUUGCACCCGACGAGAUCAUCUUGCGGGAGUCCUCACUUCUCACCGCUACAAACCGUCUUCAUGAUGAUCUUUGCGACGCAUGUAACGCCCCCUUACCUGAGUUGUCUGCUUCAGAGCCCCCCGUUGCUUGCGAGGGCGACUGCGCAGAUACUAUCUUCUGCAGCCAGGCUUGUCACGACACCGCUCAGGAGGUAUACCACGGUGCCAUUUGCGGUCUUGAGGACGGCCUAGAGUCCAUUGGCAAGGAUAUUCCCGACCCCAAAGAUAAGGCAGAUUACCUCUACCUGCUCCUUUUGGGUCGUGCGCUCGCCAUGUCUGCCACACAGGACGUGCACGCUCUGGACCUCCCUGAAGUCAAGUAUAUCUGGGGUGACUUCCAUGAUUUCGACCUUGAGUCCGCAUCUCAUUCUGCCGCAGGCACUGCGGAUGCUUCUGCUACCUUGCCCUUCUCCUUCCAACUUAAUAUUCUUCAGCCUACCCGCCUCCUUGAAGAGAUGGAGUUGGAUCCCUACGCCUCAAUUUCGCGCUACGAUACUUGGGUCCUUAAUACACUAUAUGCCAAAUUCCGCGGUACUGCUUCUGGGCGUCUGUCCACCUGGGAUGGUGGACCCGAACUGUGUGCAGUGCACCCUCUGUGGUGUCUUGCAAAUCAUUCCUGCGAUCCUAAUGUGCGCUGGGAGUGGGGUGGAGAGAUUACUUUCCGGGCUCGAAAUGAUGAAGAGACCGCUGUCUGGACGAGAACUCGCGACGAGGGCGGUGUCGACAUGAAACUUCCCAAAAAGGGCGGUAUUAAGAAGGAUGAGGAGAUCUUGAACCACUAUUGUGAUAUUGGACUACCUGUGAAGGAGAGGCGAGAGUGGGCGUGUGGUGCUUUGGGUGGUAUUUGUCGAUGUGAUCGAUGUAUAUGGGAAGCUCGGGAAGAUUAA